UUUUCCCCGUUUUAACCGGGUCAGGUGCGGGUAUCAUCGGUUCACUGUUAGGGGUGAAACAAAUCACACUCAGCCCGACGACGGCCCAAUUUUUUUAAUGAAAUCCGCCCAAACUGAAAGUCACCAUCGACCAUUUCCCCCUCAUCCCGUCCCCAAUAGCUACCGUAGUCCCGUAGGAGCCGACCGCCCGUCCAUCACCGUCAACGGCGUAGUUCUCCGCCGACCGUACCUCCCGCGGCCCGCCGUCUCUCCCAGCCUGCAGGCACUCCGCCAGUAGCUGGCCAUUUGCUAGAUCCGCCCCUGCUACUGCCGUUCAGGAUUCAGUAGUUCCAUUCACUGAUUAACCUGUCACACAAUAAUGGGUUGGAAAGCUGCUCAGAAAUUAAUACAUCACUGGAAGAUUCUCAGAGGUGACAAUGUUAUGAUUAUUAGAGGCAAAGACAAAGGUGCGACUGGAAUCAUUAAGCGUGUAAUACGUUCACAGAAUCGUGUUAUUGUUGAGGGGAAAAACCUGGUUAAGAAGCAUAUUAAACAAGGACAAGGCCAUGAAGGAGGAAUAUUUACAGUUGAAGCUCCAUUGCAUGUCUCUAAUGUGCAGGUUCUAGAUCCAGUGACAGAGCGACCAUGCAAAGUUGGAAUCAGGUACUUGGAAGAUGGUACUAAAGUAAGAGUUUCUAGAGGUAUUGGAGCAUCAUGCUCUAUUAUUCCACGUCCUGAGAUCUUGAAGAUAAGGACUACACCAAGACCAUCAGUUGCUGGUCCCAAGGACACUCCAUUGGAAGAUGUCAUGGAAAGGACAUAUAACCCGAAAACUGGGAGAGGCAUGCCCGAUCUUUAAAAAAUGCUACUAUGCUUGGUUUCAUCUUCACAGCUUUGGAUGCAGUGAAGUAGUAAGAGAGAAUGACACAAGUUGGAGCUUUUGUUUUUGUCGUAAAGUUGGAGCUUAGAUAACCAUUGCAGCAUGUAUUGGUGGUUUCUGUGAUAAUAAUUUGGAAGUAUGAGAUGUUUCAUAAACAUAAUUGCAAAUGCGCCACUUCUGCCUCUCAUAAUGUUUUUGGGUUAGGGAACUCGGACCCAUCUUAAACAAGUUGUGCAUUAAAAUCUAAUACGGAGUAAUAGGUAUGAAUUGUGAAGUCAUUUGUUUAUUCCUCG